GCCGAAAGGAUAUCGGCGCAAGAAAAGAAUCCCCCCUCCUCCUCUCUCUCCCUCCGUCUCUUUCCCUCUUCCCCGCGAUAACAGCGACGAAAACCCUAGCACCGCCCUCUCUUCGAUCUCGUCGUCCUCCUUUAUCUCUUCCUCAAACCGCUUAUCGUCGCCGAUGGAGCUCCUCCGCUCGCACCUCUCCAGGGUUCGGAUCCCGGAGCCCACCAACCGCAUCUACAAGACGGAGUGCUGCAUCUCGUUCGACACCCCGAGGUCGGAAGGGGGGCUGUACGUGGAUCUCAGCUCGUUUAUUGCGUUCGGGAAGGAGGGCGUGGGGUGGAACUAUGAGAAGAGCGGGAACCCCGUCUACCUCCACAUACAGCAGCGGCCCAAGCCCGUGCCCGAGGACCGGCCUCUCAAGAAGCCUACCCUCCUCGCGAUCGGUGUGGAUGGAGGAUUUGACCAUGAAGAAACUGAAUAUGAAGAGACUUACAGCAUUGUCAUGUUGCCUGAUUAUAUGUCUCUUCCAUUUCCAUCGGUUGAGUUGCCAGAAAAGGUUAGGUUGGCAGUUAAUGCCAUUUUGAUAGCCGAGGGUGCUAAAUGCAAUGAGCAAUUAGCAUCUUGGACUGCAGAGAAGAAGAAAGUUAGUGCUUAUGCAAUGAAUCUGCAACAGAUUAAUACUGGUGUUGUGGUGCCUCCAUAUGGCUGGAAAUGCUGCAAAUGUGAUAAGUCUGAUAAUCUCUGGCUAAACUUAACUGAUGGCAUGAUACUUUGUGGUCGUAGAAAUUGGGAUGGAAGUGGUGGCAAUAAUCACGCAACUGAACAUUACGAGGAGACACGGUAUCCUCUAGCUGUGAAACUUGGUACCAUAACUGCUGAUUUGGAAGGUGCAGAUGUUUUCUCUUACCCUGAGGAUGUUACCGUUGAGGAUCCUUUAUUGGCUGAACAUCUAGAAUUUUUUGGUAUCGAUUUCUCAUCAUUGCAAAAGACAGAAAUGACUACCACUGAAAAGGAACUUGACCAGAACAUGAAUUUUGACUGGAACCGUAUUCAGGAAAGUGGGCAGCAAGUGGAGCCCUUAUUUGGUCCAGGAUAUACUGGCCUUGUUAAUCUUGGAAAUAGCUGCUAUAUGGCUUCAAUAAUGCAAGUAGUUUUUACAACUCGUGCUUUCAUCUCUAGAUAUUAUGAACACCAGAGUUUGAAGAUGGCUUUUCUGAUGGCUCCUUCUGAUCCAACAGUAGACUUAAAUGCACAGUUGACUAAACUGGCGCAUGGAUUGCUAUCUGGUAAAUAUUCUUUUCCAGUUCAAGAGAAGCAAGAAGGUAUUCCCCUUCACAUGUUUAAAACAAUUAUUGCUGCCAAUCAUCGUGAGUUUUCAAGUAUGAGGCAACAGGAUGCAUUGGAGUUUUUUCUGUAUUUUCUUGAUCAAGUUGAACGGGGAAAUGCUGGAAAACCUGAGUUGGAUCCUUCAAGGAGUUUUAAGUUUAUUAUUGAAGAGAGGCUUCAGUGUCCCUCUGGAAAAGUUGCUUAUAAUAAAAGAUCAGACUAUAUUCUUUCUCUGACAAUACCGUUGCACAAGGCUACUAAUGGAGAACAGCUUGAAGCCUUUGACAAGCUGAAGGCCGAAAAAAAAUUGGAAGGGAAGGACAUAGCUCGUGGUGAAAUUGUACGACCAAGAGUUCCACUGGAAGCAUGCCUAGAUUGUUUUUCAGCUCCUGAGGAGGUCCAUGAUUUUUAUAGCUCUGCGUUAAAUGCUAAGACAACAGCAAUAAAGACUGCUGGUUUGUCUACGUUUCCUGAUUACCUGGUAUUGCACAUGCAGAAGUUUGUGCUGGAGGAAGGAUGGGUGCCGAAGAAACUUGAUGUUUACAUUGAUGUGCCUGAUGUAAUUGAUAUCACACAUAUGCGCAGCAAAGGUUUGCAGCCAGGAGAAGAACUACUACCAGAAACAGGUCCUUGCGAGGUUGAACCCACCCAUUUUGUUGCCAGCGAGGACAUUGUUUCCAAACUUGCAGCUAUGGGAUUUAAUUAUGUUCACUGCCAGAAAGCUGCUAUAAACACUGCCAAUGCAGGGGUUGAGGAAGCAAUGACUUGGUUGCUGUCUCACAUGAAUGAUUCAGAUAUUGAUGAUCCUAUUUCACAGAACCCGCAUACAAUGGAACUUCAAUCUGUUGAUGAAGCAAGUGUUGAAACUUUAAUUUCAUUCGGGUUUCAAGAAGGGGUUGCCAAAAAAGCAUUGAAGGCCUCAGGUGGGGACAUAGAGAAAGCAACCGAUUGGAUAUUUAACCACCCUGAGGCAUCUAGCUCAGUGGACACUGAAUUAACCUCAAGUGGCGUUCAGGCUGAUGAUCCUGCAGUACCUGAUGGAAGUGGCAGAUACAAGCUCAUGGCAUUGGUCAGCCACAUCGGGACCUCCACCCAGUGUGGGCAUUAUGUGGCUCAUGUGUAUAAAGAUGGAAGAUGGGUGAUUUUCAACGACAACAAAGUUGGGGCUUCAAUUGACCCACCAAAAGACAUGGGAUACUUGUACUUUUUCUCGAGGAUAGAUGGCUAAAGUCAUUAUCGAAGGUUGUCCCUGUGAUCCAAAGGGACAAAUCUCUAGCAACAGCAGGAGUUGACUAGCAAUUUGACAGGUGAUACCUCUUACAUCUGACCUUGCUAGAAUACGGGGAUCAAGCUACUUGUGUUUGGUCAAUCGUUUUUCAUCUCUCACUUCGUUUAGUGGUAUCUUUCUGUUGCCUGGAUUCUGAUAUCAAGUUGCCUGUCAUGAAAAUAGGCUUAACAGUGAGUUUACAUUUGUGAUUAAUCUGAAAAUCAAGACGUGCCUUUCUUUUGCCC